AUGGCUACCAAGGCGACGGUGCUACGCGAGGACUGGGCGACGGCUGAGCAGAUUGAGCGCGUGCAGCUGCAGCUGCUGGACGUUGUGGACUUCAUCAACCGAUUCCAUACCAGCGCCAAGACAAGACUCGCCGUGCUUAACGAGAAGAUGACCGCAGUCGAGCGGAGUCUGAGAUACGUCGAAAAUGCUGUGCGCAAGUCGAGACCCAUGCGCACCACGGAUCAAACGCAGUAA